AUGACAGAAACACUACUGAAUUACCUGCUUAAACCCAAUCCAAGGGUCAUUUUCCCUAGUGGAGGAGGAUCAACUUUCACCUUCAACGAAGACUGGGACACAAUCGAAAAUGUGGAAGAAUGGACCGAGUUCAAUUAUGAGGUCCUUACCGAGCGGUUCGAACGUGAUUUAAGAUGCCAAGUCGCUCAGUUUGACGCCACAACAAAGUGUGAGGAAGCGGGUUAUAACAAGAUUUUUGAUGAACGUGGCUUGUCUGACCUCGUCUGCAUGUCGAUAACGGUUCCCGUAUCAGCAGUACUGAAGCCUCUAUUCAUCACCUCGGGCGGAAGAGUCUGGGAGAAAUUGGGAUGCUUACCUGACUGGGGGGCUGGGCGUGAGAUCGACUUGAAUGAGCAUGGCAGAGCAAAUGCUCUCGUUCUUGGUGAUACCAAGUUCAAGUGGGAUUCAGCUUGCGGUAUUGACACAGUCCGGAACAGCGAGGAUGAUUCCUACGAGGACGCACCGGAGAGAGAUGAUGUCAGACCUAUCGAACAAGUUCAGUAUUAUGGCGCUGUUUACAGAUGUCGAUACGUCUUUGUUAUCACGGAGAAAGAGCUUGUGGUUAUGCAACUCCAUCUGGCACCCGACCCUAUUCGAACCUCGCCAAGGCCUGUCCGCACUAGGCCAUCAGCCUCACAUCAACGGGUAUUGUCUUCGUCGGAGAUCUCAAAGCAAUUUACCGACAAAAUGUCACUCGAUGAAUCUGUCAAAGAAUCCGCUUUGAGAGCUAGGAUCGGACUCUUGAAGUACAAGAGAGUCUCUUGGAAUGCCCGGAAGGGCCUGACAAUAAAAUUGGCCCUUUAUUGUUUGAUCCGUCUAGCAGAUGAGGACGGCAAUGACCUUAGAACCGAGUACCCCUCACUUCUGGCUCACGGCGGGUCCUCUGCUACUCAAAUGCCGCGGUACUAACAAUCACCAGAG